AUGAAGCAAAUUAAAAGCUAAUUUAACUAUCAACUAAUAGGAAGGAUUCCAAAACAACUGAGUAGUUCAUACAAAAAAAUGAAUAAUCGAAUACUUGCAUAUUAAAAUAAAAUAUAAGUCACAAAAGAUGAUAAUCAAUUUGACUUUAGCAUAAUUACUCCAGGCUAUUUAAAAUGCAACAAAUCAUAGUAUAUGUUUAAUUGGAAAAUCAACUUUUUUGAAAGCCAACUUUGUUAAUUUUCUAAAGAUGAAUUUUAUUAGAUUUAUCUAUACAAUUGUUUCCUCUUGGGGGAUUGUUACAAAGCUAAUAGUCUAUCAUAUAUGCAAUAACAAUUUAGAUCAUUUUAGUCAUAUUUUGAUAAAAGGAGUGGAAACAGAUAUAAUAUGCUUUUAUAAGGAGAAAACAUGAAAUAAUUCAAUGAAUUUAAACUAUAAAAUUCAUCUCAAAAUGAGUUCACAGAUUUUAAUCGAAUUUAUGUUAAUAAAAGAAAUCCAUUUGUAUAAUUUUCAGUAUAUGAUAUGGUAAACAGCAAUGAAAAGGCAAUAUCAUAUUUUUAGAAAUUGAUUCAAUAAAAAGCAUUUAAAAACAUAGAUGAAGCCUUAUAAUAUUAUGGAGUGACUCUAAAGGAAAUUGAAGAAUUGAAUGUUCAUGAAUUCUUACAUCUAGAAAAACUAGUUCCUGGGAAUAUACAAACAUAUAGGUAGAAUUACCAGAAUUUCUAAGAAUACAUAGCCUUUUGUGCAUACACAUUACAUAUCAAUUAAUUCCAUAGAAAUGUACCAAGUAUGGCAUUCAGCACUAAUGAAUGCGAAUAGUGUAACUCAAACAAUCCAUCAGAGUAUUGUACAUCUCUUAAACCUAUUCAACCUUUAAAGUAACCUCUCUUAAUACCUAUUUAAUAAUUGUAAGAAUACCCUCUAAAUUAUAAAACAUAUGACAUUAUUUGCAUUCUCUAUAAUUCAUUAAUUUGCUAAUUAAAUAUUUGGAGUCAUCAAGACUCUGUUGAAAGCAUACUAAAUUACUAAGUGCCUGAAGAAGCCAUAGUAACUUCAUCAUUCAAUUUCAAAAGAAACUAUGAAAAUUUGGAAGUAUUAGGCGAUUCUGUUUUGAAAUAUGUCAUAACCGCGGAUAUCUUUAAACAAUACAAAUUGUUAGACGAGGGAGAAAUGACAUCCUUACGUAGCCGCUUAAUAAUGAAUACCUUUUUGGCCUAAUUAUUUGAGUAACUAGGUUUAGAACAAUUUAUAAUAAAUUAGGAUUUGCAUUUCAAAUAAAUUAAAAAUCCAUUAGUCAAUGAUAUAAUUUCAAGUGAAAAUAAACAGCUGCAAAUCAGCCAGAAAGCUGAUAUUUAUGAAGCAAUAAUUGGUGGAGUGUUUGAAACUACUCAAAGUCUCUAUGAAUAUAUUACUAUUUUAAGAAGAACAAACUUUCCUAUAUCUAUCUAUAAAGACAUCCUCUUUGAUUAUGAGCCAAUUACAGCUCAAAUCGAGCAAAUAGAUAUCAGAGACUAUAAAUUCAAUAAUCCUCAAUUAUACGAAAUAGCUAUUAAUCCAUAAUAUUAUGAUAGAUUGGAAUUUUUAGGGGAUGCUGCUAUUGAAUUACUUGUCAUUUCUUAUGCUUUUAGAGUGGCAAGGGAAAAACAAUAGAAAAAUCCUAAUUGGAGCUUGAAUCCAGGAUUACUAUCGACAUGGAAGUAGUAUUUAUUAGGAAAUAAGUUUAUGGGAGAACAAACUAUUAAAAUGGGAUUAAAACCUCAAGUUAACGAGAUACCAAAAUUAUAUGGAGAUAUUUUUUAAAGUGUUGCAGCUGCCAUUCUUCUUGAUAGUGGAUGGAGAGGUUUAAAUUAAGUGUAUGGAAGCCUAUAUAAGAAAUAUUUGGAUGAAAUUAUUGAGUUGUGA